UCAUAAUCAAAUCUAUAUGGGUUUUUACAGCUAAGGCUGUUCUAGGAAGGUGACACAGAAGGAAGGUCCACAUGAAUUGAAGAGGAGGUUCAAGGUAUGCACACACACCUCCAUAUUCUCUGAACCCAAUAUAUAAACUAUAACUUUCUCGUCUUCUGAGGCCAUUGGUUGAUCUUUCACCCAUACCCAUUUCAUCUUUUUGGAGUUCUGUUUGAUCUUGAUGCUGUUUAAGCCUUCAUCUUUAUUGGGUAUUCCUAUCAUUUCAAGAAAUCUUGGAGGAAUUGGAGUUUAGGGUUUGGUUAGGGUUUGAUUUCUGAUCUUGAUCUUGAUUUUGAUGAGUAUGUAUUGAUGUAGAUGGUGUUAAUUUGGGGGAAUUUGAGUUGAUUUUGAUGAAUAUUGUGGAUGAUUUAUAUGUGAAGUUUAUGUUAUCUGGGAAUAAUAAUAGUUACUUAAAUAUGGUCAACCCCUGUUGGAAACCAUCUGUUGAAGGAGAUGGAGGUUGUGUAAGGAGAACUGGAGAUCAAAAUGGAAGAAGUGAUGGAUUGCUGUGGUACAAAGACUUGGGUUCUCAUGUAGGUGGCGAAUUUUCGAUGGCAGUGAUUCAAGCAAACAAUUUGUUAGAGGAUCAGAGCCAAGUUGAAUCAGGAUCGUUGAGUUCGUUGAAAUCUGGGCCUUAUGGGACGUUUAUCGGAGUCUAUGAUGGACAUGGUGGACCGGAGACAUCAAGAUUUGUGAACGAAAAUCUGUUCCCAAAUCUGAAGAAAUUUGCGUCUGAAGAUCAAGAAAUGUCAGCAAGUGUCAUCAAGAAGGCUUUUUUGGCAACAGAAGAGGAAUUUCUUUCGGUUGUAAGAGAUCAAUGGCGUAUUUGCCCUCAAAUAGCGUCCGUAGGUACGUGUUGUUUGGUGGGUGUCAUUUGUAACGGGCUAAUAUACGUUGCAAAUGCUGGCGACUCCCGAGUGGUGUUGGGGAGAGCCGAGAGAGGUGUCAGAGGAGUCUCGGCUAUACAGUUAUCAACCGAGCAUAAUGCAAGCUAUGCUUCUGUUAGAGACGAGCUUCAUUCUUUGCAUCCUGAUGAUCCCAAGAUUGUGGUUUUAAAACACAACGUUUGGCGCGUUAAAGGUCUCAUACAGAUUUCAAGAUCUAUUGGCGACGCAUAUCUAAAGAAGGCGGAGUUCAACAGAGAACCUCUAUUGGCAAAGUUUAGGCUACCCGAACCCAUUUCAAAGCAAAUCCUUAGUCCAGAGCCAUCAAUCUUCAUACACAAACUUAACCCGAAGGAUCAGUUUCUCAUAUUUGCAUCCGAUGGUCUAUGGGAGCAUCUUAGCAAUGAGGAAGCUGUUGAUAUCGUCCAUAGUUACCCACGUAAUGGGAUCGCAAGACGACUUGUCAAGGCCGCACUUCAAAUAGCAGCCAAGAAAAGGGAAAUGAGAUAUUCGGACUUGAAGAAAAUCGAUAGAGGGGUUAGAAGACAUUUCCACGAUGAUAUAACGGUAGUCAUCGUGUUUUUAGACCCUCCAUUGAACCGAACUUCGGCUCGUGGCUCGGGUUUAUCAAUAAAAGGAGGGCGAGGGUUACCGCGCACUAAGCCGUCGUAGUAGCAGCAGCAGGUGGUCUUUGUUGGGAAUGUUUGUAAACUAAGAAAGAGGCAUGUAAGCCAAAGGGGAAUCAAGUGUUAGGCAUCAGAAACUGAAGAGAUGGGAAAUUGAACAACAUUCUUUCCUAAAAAUCUUAAAGAUAAUAUUUAUUUGGCAUCUGUUCGUCCAACUGUACUCGGGUUACUGGUAGAUCCUUUAAGCCAUGCCAACGAUCAGAAGUGUGUGAAUUUUGGUCUGUUUAGACUUGUUUGAGUCGCUUGUUUUUCAAA